CAGGUUCAGAACUGCUCGCAAAGAUGGUCUUCGUUUUGGCUCCCGCAACUAUCUUGUUGAUGAUGAUGGUUUUGGUGGCUGUGGCCGUACAAGAGACCAUUCGGCGACGAAGAAAGCAGCAGCAGUUUGACCAAACAUCUUUAAAACCACAGAGUAGUGACGACCUGGAGAUCGCGAGACCAUCAUCACCACCCGGACCGACUCCAAUACCCUUUAUCGGCAACUUGCAUAACCUUUUUAAAUAUGAUGCCUGUCCUUAUGAAGGCUUCACUGCUCUAGGAAACAAGUAUGGACCAGUCUACUCUCUCUUAAUGGGCAGUUGCCCCUCCGUAGUCGUCGGCACAUACGAGACGAUCAAGGAAGUUCUCAUCACCAAGGCUAGCCAGUUCGACGCUCGCCCGGACAUCCCACGAUUCGGAUUAUACUUCGGUGGCAACCGCCAACUUUCUCUUGCUCUCUGUGACUGGAGUCAGCACCAGAAGAAACGCAUAACUCUGGCUCGCUCCUUCCUUAUGUUCCGCGGGAACGAUACCUGCUUCAAGACCUUUGAAGAAAAUGUGACUUCCGAAAUGCCCGUGCUCACAAAAGAGAUUGACCAGAAACUGAAUACACCAUUCAAUGCCAAGGAAUUGUUAUCGUACUGUGCUAUGAACAUCUUCUGUGGCUACAUGUGCUCCAAGAAGUUUGAUUACAACGAGGCGAAAUUCCAAGAACUUGUAAAGAAUUUCGAUUUCAUUUUCAAUGAUAUCAACAACGGGCAUCCCACAGACUUCUUGCCAUCCCUUAUUCCCUUCUUCGGUUCAUACUUGAACAAGAUUAAAUCCAAAACCGCAGACAUCAGAAAGUAUAUCCUGGACAACAUCUGCAGAGAGAAAUACCACAACCUACAGCAAAACCCAAAGAAUAUCACGGACCUUGUCGAUGCCUGCUUCUCAAAUCUCCUGAAUGAAAACAACCAAGAGGAGCAGUGGGACUGGCAGACCAUCUUGUACAUCGUGGAGGACCUCCUGGGCGGAUCAUCGGCCAUCGGCAACAUUGUCAUGAGGUUCUUGGGAUACAUCCUUCAGCACCCCAACGUUGUCACCUCCCUUCGGUCUGAGAUUGACGCCAAGCUUGGACGGGAUAAAGCCCCAACUCUAGAAAACAGACACGAAAUGCUCUACAGUCAAGCUGUCCUUUAUGAAGUGUUAAGGCUCACGUCAUCUCCCAUCGUACCACAUGUAGCAACUGAAGACGCAACUAUUGGAGGUUUCUUCGUUGAGAAAGGGUCGAUGGUUAUAGUGAACAACUACGAAAUGAACAGCUCUCCUGACCUAUGGGACGAACCCCAAAAAUUUAAGCCCGAAAGAUUCAUCGUAGACGGUUGCCUGAAAAAGCCAGCUCACUUUAUCCCCUUCAGCACCGGCAAGCGAGCCUGCGUAGGAUCUAAAGUGGUCAGCAACAUCACCUUCAUCGUCAUCACCACACUACUCCAGAGAUACGACAUCUCCUUACCAGAGGGUGUCAAGCCCGACCUCCCCAGAGGAAAGAUUUCCGUACCUUGGGAUGCUUAUGAUCUUGUAUUUACGGAACGUAAGUGAACGUGCAUACAGUUUUAAACAACCAAUUCAAUUUAAGGAGAAAAAUACAUGUAUGUCUAAAAACAAGUUUGGGGAUAAAUUAUAUUUGUUCUGAUAAAAUUAUAAAAUUUUAUAAGAUAAUUUUAUUUGGUUGAGAUUCAGUAAUUAUUUUUUUAAUAUUUAUCGAUAAAACGCCUCACCAUUAAACACUGACCAUAACAAAGGCUGUUCAUCUUUAUGGGUGGACGAUGUUUCAAGACGUCCUCCAUAAUAUUAAUAAUUGGAAGAACUAUACAGUAUACUGUAUUAGUAUUUGUCAUUUAAGAUAGGAUGAAAUUUCUUUGUAAGGUUAUAGACUGGUAUUUUGUCUUUACCUGAAGUUAGAAGAAUCACUUGUAAAAAUAAUAUUUAAUGUAAAAGAUGAUCUUUUUAAAAAGGCAAGUGCUAUUUAGAUGACCACAAAUCUCACAACCUAAGGUCUAAAAUUUCAAUUCGGCAAAAUGUUUACUCCUCUUACUAUAAACUUGUAUGGUAUGUUCAUUGCACCGUUAUCAGUGGGGUGGAUGUUUGUGCAAGUUAUUGUGGCUUUACUUCAUGUAGGUAUUAUUAUUAUUAUUAUUACUAUUAUUAUUAUUAUCAUUAUUAUUAUUAUUAUUAUUGUUGUUGUUAUAAUGCUUCGGGAUUUGUUUACGUUUGUGACGAACAAAAAAGUGUUUGGUUGGGUGUACAGCUAACACUUUAGUUUUAAGGAGAAAUCAUUCACUCAAUGCAACUUUUAUAAUUUUCCUAGAAUUUGCAUAAAAGUAAUACAAUAAUAAAGUUAGGUAUUUCCUAAAUUAAAUCUUCAUAAAAAUUAUCAUAGUCAUACAUGGCAAAGCCUUGAUUUGUGAAAUGACUUCCGUAUGUGUUAAGAAACGGUAACUAUAAUAACUUGAAGUUGUUCACUCAAGACGUUUUAGUGUUUUCAAUAUUGUACGAAUCUCUUCACUAACAGUUCAAACACCCCACCUACCUGCUGUUCACUACUAUUUCUCAGUCUCUACAUUUUAGGGAAGUCAACUUUGAUUGUUCAGAACACCUAUAGAAUAAUUAUUGCAAUGAAAAAACGAGUUGUCCUGUAGGUGUGGCAAUGACAAAGUUUUUUUUCCUAAAGAUAAUUGCUUUAAUAAUUAACCUCGUAUUGACUGCACGUCCUUAGUAAUUAGAUCUUGUGGGGAUAUUUCCAUGGCUGUUGGCCUUACCUAGUCCCUGUUAUUGUUAUUUGUAAUGAAUCAAGCAAUUUUGAUUCGCUGGAUGUCAUUUGAUCUACAAUUUAGCAAGUUUAUUGCGAAACAAAUGAUUCCAUGUACUAAAAAUUGCUUACUUUGCCACAUAUUUAUUAUUGUGUGUUAUCAAUAACAUUACUGUCGAAUGAAGUCAUUGGAAGAUACACAGCAUCAAUUACUGUUAUUUUUUUGCAUUUUAAAAUAUUGUAAUUUUCCAAUGGCUUUAUUUGUCCAACUGUUUACAUGUGCUCUCAUUUUAUCUCACCUGGUGCUGCAGGUUAUCACAUUUCCUCAAUUAUUUAUAUUAAAUGAUCGAGCGAGUUUUCCCAUGACAAUGUUUUAUCACUUAACAGUAACUAGUGAUGUUUGAAACUUAGAGCGUAAGCGGUGACUCAUAGUGUAGCUUUUUUACCCUUGGGUAGGUAAAACGUUGAGACAGUGGUCGACCUACAUUUAGUCGCCACUAAAAAAAAAGUUUUGAUCUCCUUGUGUAUAUUCUGGUCGAACUGUUUUUUUAAUAUAAGUUCUCAUUUUCUCUUCAUCCCGAUGGAGGCCAUUAAUACCCAUUUAUGUGUCCACCUUUAGUGUAUUUAUUUUUGCAUUUUUUGUGUAUUUCAUCUUUAUGUUUGUGCUUUAUACUGAAACGGAA